CAUUCUUUCUGGGAGAACGUGUGCACAGUGCCGGGGUUUGUAUGAUUAAACUGACUUGAGACUGAGAGUCUCACUGCAGUGUCUGCACUGUGUACAGUAAGUUUGUUUAAAAUCAACUCACUUAACGUUGUUUUCCUCACCACCGAUGAAGUAGUAAUAUCAAUUUACUGUUGCGGGUUUCUAUUUAACAUCAUUUGGUUCUCACGCCUACAUGCUGUUUCUUCCUCGGUUAGCUCUUUAGCUCCCAUUCUGAACUCACACUAAAGUUCCAGCUUCCAUCUAGUGGCCGAUGCUGGUCUGCUCAGUUCAAGUCCCGUGCAUGUCAGGCCCGGGGCAGCAGUAGUGGGCCGGCCGCCGGGGAAUGGGUUUGCAGCGGGGGCAGCGCACACAUUUCGCCAGCCUGAACCAUUCGGCCAACUUCUUAAGGGUCUGAAAACCCAUCCACAGCAUGGAAGGGGAAAGCAGCGUUUGUGGUGCCGACAAACCAUUCAUAUGCUCGGUGUGCGAACGUGGAUUCGACCGGCCGUCCAGUCUGGAGGCUCACGUCUGUGACCGAGGCGGGGAGAGGCUGUGUCAGUGCGGGGACUGCGGAAAAAAGUUCACCUACCCCUCGGCGCUGGAAACGCACCGGCGUAGUCACACGGGGGAGAGGCCCUUUGGCUGCCCCGAGUGCGGGAAGCGCUUCGCCCUGUCGUCGACCCUGCAGAGACACCGGCGAGUGCACACCGGUGAGAGGCCCUUCGCCUGCUCCGAGUGCGGCAAGGCCUUCAACCAGUCCUCGGACCUGCUGACCCACCGGCGGGUCCACACCGGUGAGAGGCCCUUCGCCUGCCCCGUGUGCGGGGAGCGAUUCACGCAUGGCUCCAACCUGCAGACCCACCAGCGGGUCCACACCGGGGAGAACCCGUUCACCUGCCCCCUCUGCGGGAAGGGCUUCACUCAGGCCUCUAACCUGCAGAGGCAUCAGCGGGUACACAGCGGCGAGAGGCCCUUCGCCUGCCCCGAGUGCGGGAAGCGCUUCGCCGAGUCGGCCAGCCUCCUGGCGCACGGUCGGGUCCACAGCGGCGAGAGGCCCUUCGCCUGCCCUGAAUGCGGCAAGGCCUUCACCCUGUCGUCGACCCUGCAGAGACACCAGCGACUGCAUACCGGCGAGAGGCCCUUCGCCUGCUCGGAGUGCGGCAAGGCCUUCAACCAGUCCUCGGACCUGUUGGCCCAUCAGCGGGUUCACACCGGCGAGAGGCCCUUCGCUUGCCCUGUGUGCGGCAAAGCCUUCGCCCAGGCUUCUAAUUUACUCAGCCACCGGCGGGUCCACACCGGGGAGAAUCCCUUCAGCUGCUCCCUGUGCGGCAAAGCCUUCGCCCAGGCCUCUAACUUACUCAGCCACCGGCGGGUCCACACCGGGGAGAGGCCCUUCACCUGCUCCCUGUGCGGAAAGGGCUUCAGUCGAUCGUCCUACUUGGUGAAACACCAGCAGGUUCACAGCUGACCGCGGUGUUCCCAUUCUGCACGCAGUCGCUUUUGGAACACCCUGGCAUGUGUAUCGAUGGAUAAAGGGCAUCCUGUCAAAACUCUUUGUAAAGUGCCCAUCAGGACAAUUGCAAGAAUAUCGAAUUACGAAGGCAACAACUUAUACCACAUGAGGAAAGUGUGCUGACUGAAAAUCGAUUGGUCUUGAGCUGCCAUGGAGAACGCAACCAAGGAAUUCUUCUCUCCCCCCCCACCUUGUUUAAGGCGCAAAGCAGGGUCCUGUUCAUCCUGUCUACAAAUGACCGACUCUUGUUCAUGAAUAAUUGUUGCUUCCAUUAACUGUACCUGGGCCACUGUGUAAGACCAACACUAAUUUUAAAUUUAAAAAAAUUCUUUAAAGUUUUUGAGAAGACUUGCAGCUCAGGUUGUUGAUAAGGUUGUUCAUUUGCUGGUUGAGCUGGUAGGUUGGUUUGCAAAUGUUCCAUUACAUUCGAGGUAAACAUCCUCAGUGCACCUCCUAUAAGUUUCUUGAACGUCUGUUUAAUGUUUAAAACAAGCUUGAGGAGAACCACAUUUCACUGUUGCUCUCGCCAAAGAGGCCUGGUGAGCAAAUUUCAGAAAGACAAAGUUGGGAACAGUAAAUGAAUUUUAAAAGAAGUUCCAAACCAUUAAAUAGAUAAAGAAAUGAGUAAUUAAUAAAAAAAAUAGUUUUGAAAGUUCCCAGCAGCUGAGCUAACCACUAAAAUCUUUUAUUCCAUUGUGGUUAAGAAGAGGUGUAAGAGAAAGGGAGACUAGGGUUCAAGUUCUGAUCACCAGGGAAAGGAGUCACAGCAAAGCAAAAUUUUUGCUUUAACAAUCACUGAUCUUGCUUUAAUUUCUGGUGGCACACAUUUCAAGCUGACUUUGGCAGAAUUUAUUUAAAAGCGUGGGUCCAAUGUGGUUUGCCUUCACACCUGUUUUUUCCUCUUCUAGCUUGUUUUUUUGGGAAAUAUUUUUGGUGAAGAGGAGGAAGAAUAGAUGCGUGUCUGGAUAACUCAGUCUUAGAGUUCAUAUAUACACUCUUGCUCUCUCAUUUUUAUUCUCACAAACAUGCUUCCUUCUUCCUCAUGCAUACAAUCCAUCCUUCUCAAAUAUACACAGUCACUCCCUCACACUGACUGUUACACAUGUAUGUACUCUGUCACUCCCUCUCACGCACACCGAUUCCCUUAUUCCUACACACUCACUCUUUCACACAUGCACAUGCUCUUGCUCCCCCACGUUCUCGCUCUUGCUCACACACACCCUACGUGCCUGCCCUCUCGCUCCUUCAUGCCUCAGGAAUUGUGUAUUGCAUCAGCACGUGAAAUGCAAACAAUCCACAAGCAAGAAUAGCAGAGCAAAAUGGCUGCAGAAUGCUACGGGCAGUGGUCACAGAUGCCCAUAACUGCCUCAACAGAUACGAGUGGGAAACUGUGUGCCAAAAAUCUUUGUACCAGAACUCGGCCAACCAACAGUGGACCACAAUACUGGAACAAACCAGUAUUAAGCACUAGACGACAGAGAACCAGAACAAGGAAAAGACUCGGCUUACAGGAGAAACUAACUGGACUAAUCCACUGGGAUAACACAAACAAAGCAGACACAUGAGCAAGGAACCUAUCCGACAAACAAUUCACAUACAGAAAAAGCCAACCUGAUAUGUGGACUUAACUACACCCACAAGGACGCGAGUAAAACAGACUUCUUAGCAGCACUAGAGUAAAUGUUAAAAACCAAUGGACUCACUGAGAAAACUCAACAGGCCAUCAGACAAACUAGUCCCAGCACUUAACCGUAAAGAUGAAUCAGACACCUUAAGCACAGCGGAGAGAAAGGCCCUAGAAAGAAAAUUUAUCACAAUUCUACCAGCAGACAAAGGAUGAAUGACCAUUGUUCUGAACAAAACAGACUACAUUAGGAAUACACAAGCACUAUUUGCAGAUACAGCCACAUGCAAGUGGCAUCAAACCCUACUCAACAUCUAGAGAACAGGAUAGCCCAGACAUUCAAGAAACCUAAAUACAGAAUUCCUACAGUGUUGAAGCAGGCCAUUUGGCCCAUCAUGUUAAACCAACUGUCCGAAGAGCGCCCACCAAGACCCACCCCAUACCUUUCCUACCCUUGACAGUGGGCAAUUUAGCGUGGCCAAUACAGCUAACUUGCACAUCUUUGGACUGUGGGAGGAAACCACACAGACAUGGGGAGAAUGUGCAAACUCCAUACAGACAGUUGACAAGGCUGGAAUCGAAUCUGGGUGCCUAGUGCUGCGAGGUAGCGUUGCUAACCACUGUGCUGCCCCAGGAGGUAUCACUAAUGCCAACUUCAUCACAAUGAAACCAAUGGUUCAAACACCACCCCCACCCUGCUUUUGCAGACUCCCUAAGGUACACAAACCUAGAAUCCCGCUCAGACCAAUAGUUUCCUUACAAGGUGCACUUACAAGCUAGUGAGGGAAUGACAACGGAGACUCAAAAACCUAAUUAGUAGAUCUUCACAAUCCAUGCUUAUGGCUCAGGGACACAAAAAUUGACGAGGAUGAAAUCAUGAUCUCCUUUGAUGUUAAUGCAGAAUUUAUGUCCAUUGAUGUACUGUUAGCCAGAGAGACAAUAGGCACACCACUAAAAGGACUGGGAGCACUGAUCCUGAACACCAGCAACAACAACAUCAAGGACAGUUUACUGAAACUCUUAGAUUUAAGUCCCACAACGCACUUCACGUUCAAUGGCCAAAUAUACAACGUCACACUGGUUUCAUCUCAGGUCUCACUGCAGAAGCAGUGAUGCAGGGACUGGAACACACAGCUCUUCCUUUAACUGAAACCGUGGGUAAGAUAUGUGGAUGAGACAUUUGUAAUAAUCAAAUGCACAAAAGUAGAAGAAGAAACCCACCAAUUUGCAUAAAAUUCACUAGAGAGGAAGAAAACCACAAACAGCUCCCGCACGUGGGCGUAAUGGUAGAGAGACUAACUAACGGUGAAUUCCAGACCUGAGUGUACACGAAGGCCAUGCACACAGACCAAAUCCUGAACUUCGAUUGCAACCAUCCCACCAUACACAAACUGAGCAGCAUUAAGACAUUAUUUAAACGAGCCAUAUCAUAUGGCAACACUCCAGAACUCUGGAGAAAGGAAGAUGAAUACCUGCACGAGGAAUUUAUCGACAACGGAUACACAAGAAGCUUUGUAUGCUUAUGCCUAGAAAACAAAACAACAAUCAGAGGAUACAGUACAACAGAAGACACUAGUAACUGUAUGCUACAUAAAAAAUAUAUCGGACAUGACACUCAGACUUCUUAGACCACAUAGGAUCAUGAUUAUACACAAAUCUGCAUCAACACUGUGCCAAAUGCUAUCAAAGACCCCUUACAGACAGUAAACAGGACUAAAGUGAUAUACAGAAUUCCAUGCAGCGAGUGCAAUAGACAUUACAUCAGACAAACAGAGGAAGCUGACAACCAGGAUACAUGAACACUAGCUGGCAGCAGAAAGACAUGACCAAUACUCACCUGUCUCAAUACUCAGAGACAAUGAAGGCCAUCAGUUCAACUGAGAUAACUGAACAACAGCUACACAAGGGAAUUUGUCGAGGCCUGGUUCCCAACAUGGGACUCCAUUAACAAACAAUUCGAAAUAGACCCCAUAUACAGACCACUAUUGAAAAACAGAACUGGAAGUGACAGGACCCACCAUACUACAGGAUCAUAUAAAUUCGGAAUAGAGCAGAACACCAAUGCUUUCAUUCGAGGUCACACUGAUGAUGUUGCCUUGAAUGGUAACUAAACGUAUACACACCACGGAACAAUUGGCAAAUGAACAACCACAUCCACAAGCUGAGCUACAAAUUUUCAUCAAGACCUUAAAAACACUCUCUCGUUGCUCCCUUCACACACAAACACACACUCUGCUCUCACACACACUCUCAUGCCCUCACAAUCAUGCGCACACUCUUGCACUGUGCUUUCACUCCCUUGCGUUGGUGCGCACAUGCAUUCACUCCCUUGCAAUGGUGCAUGUGCAUGGACACAUUCCCUUGCAAAAUACAAGUUUGAGAAACAAGUACAAUUCAUUUGGUACAACACAUAUAAAUAUUAAAUACAUUUAAAGAUUAGCAUUCAAGUAGAGCAAGGACCCAGUCACUAAAAACACCCUUUCAGCUAGCAGGAGAAUCCAGAAAGAUUCACUUUGCAAAUUGGACAUAUGCGGAAGGGGAUGUGAAGAUCUGUUAAUUAAGUUACGAUGUAAUAAACAGUUGAAACAAAAAAAGUAUCGACAUUUAUUUAGUCACACAAAAGAAGGCCUAGAGAAAGGCCCAGCAAAAUCACACCUAUGUGUAAAAUAUUAACAACAGGAGAGAUACCGCAGUCACAAAGCCUGAAGCACACAACAAGCGAUGACAUUCAAAGAUCUUUAUAACAUGGCCAUCAUUAGACUCCAGGAACAAACAACACUGAUGUCAACAUGAGGUAGAAAUGUAAACUAAGCUGAAGACAAAAAUUAAACAUCCUUUUACUGAUAAACUUUUAACAAAGGAUUCUUUUAAAAUAAUAAAGAAUAAGUGAGAGUUAAAAUAAAUCUUAUAUAAUAGUUAUAAAGCAUCAAAACAAACCUACCACAGAAAAACUCAAUUUCAUUAAGGGAUCUUCGUUGAAUAAUUAGGGAAUAGUGUUGAACAAUACAACAUCACAUGAAAGUGGUAAGGUUAACCUUUACAUUUACAAAGUGGGUUGGGGAUGGGGCCAGAAUCCUGAAACAAGAAAUUUUCACUGAACAUUUCAGAAGUAUAAGAAACCCUUACAAUAAUUCACAAAAGAUAUCUUUUUUUCACUGCUCAGGGCUUUAUGGGGAAACUUUUCUUUAACUGCUGAUUCUAAUAUAUUCACACGGGAGGUCUGAAAUAAUUAGAAAUUACAUCAAAGUGAAUUCUAUUAAUUUUGGUAUUUUUGGAAUAUUUUUGGCCUAGCAGUUUACAUAUCUGCGAAAAUUGUGCUGCUUGUUAAUU